CGUUGUGUGUUUUCGUCUCGUUUUACGUCGAGGGGUUACAUGUUGCCAUUUUCAUACGGGCGCGUUUUUCGUAACCGUUCGUUUACGAGUUCGAUAACGAUUCAUCACGUAAUUAUCACGUUACGCCACGCUAUUGGACGAGAAUUAAUUUCGUCGAGUGCAAGGGGGGGAACGCAGGAAGUGAAGGAGGAGGAUCUGAUCGAUCCGUAUUGCGUCGAGGAUAAUCCUCAGACGAUCCCUUUCAAGAACGUCACGUCGGCCGCUUUCAAGAUCAAAUACGACAUCGUCAAUACACCAUGCGUGGUACGAUCUUUAUCCCACUUCUCACCAUCACAUUUAACGCGAUUAUUCCGGGCGAGGUACGCCCUGAUGAUGCUGACCGACGAACAGAAGAAGCUCGGCGUGGUCUCGGCCUCGUGCGGUAACCACGCCGCGGCAAUCUCUUAUCACGGAUACAAGCUCGGCAUACCUGUGACCGUGGUGAUGCCCGUGAUUGCGCCUGUCAUCAAGAUCAUCGCCUGUCGCCAAUACGGCGCGAACGUGAUCAUCCAUGGCCCCGAUAUGGAAGAGGCGAGGCGUACCGCGCUCAGAACGGGCAAGGAGAAAGGGAUGGUGUACAUAAAUGGAUACGAUCACCCGGACAUUGUGGCGGGACAAGGGACGCUCGGGCUCGAGAUCGUGGAACAGGUGCCCAACAUAGACGCUGUGGUGAUUCCGAUCGGAGGGGGUGGCUUGAUCGCGGGCGUAGCGCUUGCGGUGAAAAGCCUUCAUCCCGGUGUGAUGAUUGUCGGCGUUGAGUCGGAAAUGUGUCCAAGUUUCUACAAGGCAAGGAAAGCGGGUCGACCGACGUACACACCCACAGGUCCGACACUGGCCGAGGGCCUUGCCGUCCCCGUGGUUGGAUACAACGCCUUUGCGACCGCGAAUCCGUUGAUCGACAAAGUGGUGGUGGUGAGGGAGGAUUGGAUCGCCGUCGCGAUCUUGAAACUGCUCGAGGACGAGAAGUGUAUCGUCGAGGGCGCCGGUGCUAUUGGCUUGGCCGCCAUCUUGGCUGGUCAGCUGGAAGAAUUGAAAGGAAAAAGAGUGGUGCUGCCUCUGUCCGGCGGAAACAUCGGCACGAUGGUCCUCGUCAGGUGUUUGGAACGGGGAUUGGCGGUGGAAGGCCGGCUUUUGAAGUUCACAGUGACCGUAUCCGAUCGACCGGACGAAAUCGCGGAGCUUUGCAGAAUGCUGGCGAGCAUGGAUGCCUCGAUAAAGGACAUCAUGUACGAGCGGAGUUGGAUCAUGACGGACUUCUUCAGCGUGGACGUGAGAGUGGUCUGCGAGACCAGGAAUCGGGAACAAACGGAACAAUUGAAGAAGAUGCUGUAUCAGAAAUAUCAGAAGAUUACGUUCGCCCCUAGCGACGUGGCAGCUCUGACUCCGCAUUAAGCGUGUUACUCGCCGUCUCUCGGCUCCGAAACUUCUGAUGAUUAGGACGAGAUUCGAGAAUUUGAAUCAUCCCAGAAUCGAUGGAUCGCGGGCCUUGCGAUCGAGGAAAACGAUUUUUCUUUCGAUCAGAUAUUUAUUUGAUAUUUUAUUAUAAAAAUACGGAGGUUACUAUUAGAGGGCACAGCGUUUGAUUAUUGGGAACAAUUCGAGAUCGCUUU